CUCUCUGCAACUAGCGGACACUGGACAGAGGAGACUCGCCCACCCACCCAGACCCAACCGUGCCGACGACAUCACGACCGCGCCGACUACCUCACACUCCUCCUCCCCCCAUCAACAACACAAACAAACUACCACCGCGCACUCGUGUAACCAUCACCGACAUCAUGGAGAAGCAGCAGUCGCCAUAUCCCCCUUCGUCGGGUCCCCCAUAUCAACCUCCCCCACCUCCUCCACCUCCUCAACAGCAGCAAUCGCACCCGCUGCAACAACCUCAACAGCAAAUACAACAACCACAAUUGCAACCACCACCGCCUCCGCAGCAACAGCAACAACAACACUUCGUACCACACCAGUACUAUCACGACCAGUCGCAUCCUCAAUUCCAACUACAGCUAGCGCAGCAACAGCAGCAACAGCAACAGUACCAGCAGCAACAGCAGCAACAACAACAACACAUGAUGCCGCCCCCUGCAACCACGAAUCCAACCUCUAAGCCGAUCGACCCCACCGAUCUCGCCGAUGCCCUUACGUCUGCUGGUAUCGACUUGAAGGAGGAGGAAGCGCGACUGGCGUCGGGCGGCAACUACGCGGCAGCGUACAAUGGCUACCCCGGCAUGCCGCUCUCGCAGGAAGAGGUGAACCGACAGGAGUUGCGGAGACGAGCGACAAUUAAAGCAAACCAUCUCAACGACCCCUUCCUGAACGCGCAAGUCCUCUCAAAUCGACUUCUUAACAAGACCCGGAACGAAGGAUGCACGGCGUUUACUAUCAGCGAUCCCACGAUGCCAGCCCACAAGGAGAACAUGGACAUCGUCACAUUGCUGUCGCUUGCCUGCCGAGAACGACUGAAUUCGCUCCUGACCAGAAGCACCGCGUUGGCUCGAGCACGACGUCGACCGCAGACCACCAUCACCGGCGAAUGGGCGGAUCGCGUGAUGGGUGUCACACCGGAGAUUAGGCCCAGCGCACCCCCGGACAGUGCUGGCAGCAUUCCCUCCGCGAUCUCCCCCGGCAGCAAUCCGUUAAAACGCUCCUUUUCAGUCGCAAACGGCGCCACGCCCGCUCCCGGAGGCGGCAUCCCCACCGCCAAUCUACAGAACGAGGUUGCGAUCGCCCUGCGCCAGCUGAAGCAGAAGGAAUGGGAGGCGGACCAGGAACGCCUGCGCAAGAAGGCGAGACGGGAGCAACUGGCGGCCGGAGGCACUCCCACUCCAGGUGGCGGCGGCGAUACUACUCCUGGAACCCCCGGCGGCGAUUCCCCGGGCAUGGGCGAGCGCAGGAUCUCGGCGAAGGAGAGCAAGAAGCAGGCGGCAAGCAAGAUCGAAGAAGCGGCUUCUCAUCGCGCCGCCAAUCUUACGGCAAACAUGAUGAUGGGUGGCUUCGGCGGCUUCGGCGGACUCAGGAAAAAGAAGAAGACGUACUCGUGGAUGACGGCUGGAGGCAAUGCCCCGGGAGGUGGAGGUAUGGGAGGACCGGCGAGACCGGGCCCUGUUGGCGCCAUAGACACAUCGGUCGGCCAGGCCAAUACUGGCUCUGAACUGGGAAAUCUCACGUGGACCGGACAGAGGUUGGGCGUGUGGAGAGAGGAUGGCGAGCGUGGAAAAGCCAUCCAGAUCAGGGAUUGGGUUGCCGCCUUGGAGGGAGACGGAAGAGUUGGUCGCAGGGGCGUCAUCAAGGCCUACCUGCGGAUGAAGUGAUGAAUUUCCAGUUUCGUUUUCUGUUUCGUUUUCUGUUUCUGAUGGAAAAUACUUGCCAUUACAUGAUCAUGGCGAAUUGAGAGAAAAAAACUCCUUCUGCAUUUGAUGUUUCGAAAAAAGUUUCGGUGCAAAAUAUCAGUUAGCAACUUGUUUUUUUCUUUUUUUCUUUUCUUCUUUCUGCAAUUUUCUGCUUUGUUUUGCUUUUCUAUUUUUACUGGCGUUUUAAUUCGGGAUGUGUUUGUUGGGUCAAUUGGCUGGUCAUCCAUCUGUUUGCUGCUUUUGUACUAUAGGUUUCUUUUUUUUUUUCAUUUCCUCUUCGU